AUGGCUCACCUGCCGCCGCCAGGGCAACGUACCAAGAGGUCGGGUUCGCGCGGCUCGGCGUCGGCACUAAGACGCCGGUCAAGCGCGCAGUCUCCUGCUUCUCUCUCGCCACAGUCUGCCGCCGGAUCACUCGGGGGCCAACAGAGCGCGUCUAGCUCCGGCGGAGGAGGCCAAACUUCGCCUUCGUCGCAGUCUGACCCGUUUCCUUACUUCUCGAGGUUCCUGACCGACCUCAAUAAGACAGAGACGGCUAGCGGAUGGAUCUCUGAUCUCGAGCUUAUGCACCAUUAUACUUCGGUGUCUUAUCGAACCUUUUCGCACUCCUCCUUAGCCCAGAAGACUCUCCAAUAUGACGUCCCGAGAGAGGCGCUCUCCUACCCUUUCCUCCUUCAUCAAAUUCUCGCUUUCUCAGCCUACCACUUGGCCUACCUUCAGCCAGACUGCCGCCAUGCCUACCUCAUGCAGGCUGCCCAGCACCAGAAUGACGCUAUCAACGGGAUGAGAGGGACUCUCCUCGGCACGAUCUCCUCGACGAACUGCCACGCCCUUUUCGCCUCCUCCAUCUUUCUUACCUUGAGCGCCUUUGCUACCUACCCGAGCUACGAGAAAUACAACCCUCCCUUCUCCCCGAUCGAUAGUAUGCUCGAUAUCUUUACCCUCACCGACGGGAUGAGCAUGAUCCUGCGUGCCUCCGACGAGGAUCUGCGCAAGGGCCCACUACGAGAAAUCUUCAUCCGCGGGUCCGGCGAUACCACACCGUCCACCGUGGAGGCUACUCUACAACCGCUCUUCGAACGGCUUCCUCGCCUAAGCUCCAGGCUCGCGGAGAUUGGUCUAGUCGAGCACGAGGGGAAAUAUGCCAUCACUAACGCGGUGAUUGCCUUGAGCGAGUGCAUUGCCAAGGUCUCUACCUUCAAUGCCAUGUCGGCACCUGUCGAGUUCCGCGCCGUGUUCCUCUGGCCCAUCCUCAUGACUAGCGACUACCUGGACAUGUUGCGUCGGCGGCAUCCGGCGGCUAUGGUGGUGUUGGCGCACUACUGCGUCAUCGUCCACAUGGCAGAGCCGUUUUGCUGGUUCCUGAACGGAUGGGCCCGGUCUUUGAUCUCGCUCAUCUCGCAGCACUUGGCUGCAACUCCAUGGGCAGACUUGGUGGCUUGGCCCGUGGAAAUUAUAGGAGUUGGCGGUUACGAAGUACAACUAGAUCGCAUGGCACACGCUAUGCCCGCUGUUCUCUAG